AUGGCUCGUCUGGGAAGGUUAGGCUUCCUGGGACUUGCCGUCCUAUUUCACUUGAUUUACAUAUAUUCGAUAUUCGACAUAUAUUUUGUUUCCCCAAUUGUUCAUGGCAUGCAACAAUACCAUGUUGAUGCUCCAGCACCAGCGAAGAGACUGUUCUUGAUUGUUGGUGAUGGCCUUCGCGCCGACAAAUGUUUUCAAUCCCAUGAUGACCCGGAUUAUCCUUCAGAAAAUCGCUACCUCGCCCCUUUCAUCCGAUCCAAGGUUUUGAACGAUGCUACCUUCGGUGUUUCUCACACCCGCGUACCUACGGAAUCUCGACCCGGACAUGUAGCGCUUAUUGCCGGAUUAUACGAGGAUGUCUCUGCCGUCACAACUGGUUGGAAACUUAACCCAGUGAAUUUCGACUCGGUUUUCAAUGAGAGUCGGCAUACUUGGUCCUGGGGAUCACCGGAUAUCCUGCCAAUGUUUAAGCAUGGGGCCAGCGAUGAGAGCAGAGUGGACGCAUUUUCGUAUGAUGAAGAGAUGGAGGACUUCACGGCUGAUUCGACUAAUCUUGAUAUUUGGGUCUUCGACCGCGUCAAGGAGCUGUUCGAAUCAGCUGCGCGCAACAACACCAUCAACACGAUGCUCCGACAGGACAAGGUUGUCUUCUUCCUCCAUCUCCUUGGCUUAGAUACCGCCGGUCAUUCCUACAGACCGUACUCCGCCGAGUAUCUCCGAAAUAUCAAGGUUGUCGAUGAAGGUGUCCAGCAGAUCCAUAAGCUUGUUAAUGACUUCUAUGGAAAUGAUGAUAAGACUUCAUGGAUAUUCACUGCCGACCACGGCAUGAGUGAUUGGGGAUCUCAUGGGGAUGGGCAUCCAGACAACACUCGUACUCCUCUUGUUGCAUGGGGUGCUGGUAUCAAAAAGCCGGUAGCAUCCAAGGUACUGGAGGUGACGGGUCAUGAAGAUGGUUUUUCUGGUGACUGGGGACUAGGCGCUGUACAGAGAGUAGAUGUCGCACAAGCCGACGUAGCUGCGCUUAUGGCGUAUCUUAUUGGAUUGAACUUUCCGGUGAAUUCUGUUGGGGAGCUUCCACUAGAAUACCUCGAUGCAAAUGCCUCAAUGAAAGCAGAAGCAUCUUUGGCGAACGCAAGGCAAAUUCUCGAAAUGUACAAGGUCAAAGAAGAACAGAAGAAGUCCACAACACUGCGAUACACCGCUUUUGUACCACUAAGCGAGGGCAAGCAGUCUCUUGAAAGCCGUUUCGCAGAAAUCCGGGGGCUUAUCGAUAGCGGAUCACAUGAAAGGGCUAUUGAAAAGUGUGUGGAGCUAAUCAAGGUUGGUCUAGAAGGCCUUCGGUACCUCCAAACGUAUGAUUGGCUUUUUCUACGGACCCUAGUCACUGCGGGGUAUCUGGGAUGGAUCGCAUUCUCGCUCACAACAGUUAUUGACCUGCAUGUGCUCCACGGAAGAACCGAGCCUACCCGAAAUAUUGGGAGCUCUAUAUUCUUCAUUUCGAGCCUGGUGGCUAUUUAUUCUGUCCUUAUGAUCCAAAAGUCUUCCUGGACGUAUUAUGCAUACGCCUUUUUCCCGGUCAUGUUCUGGGAGGAGGUAUAUGCGAGGAAAAAUUCAGUUACCGAAGGGACCAGGAAGCUUGUGGCACAUCUGGACUCGCGGAGCGCAUAUAUGGGGUUGGGUGCCGAGAUAAUCGGAUUUCUUGUGUUACUAGAAGCCAUAGUAUAUGGAUACUUUCACCGUGAAGUCUUUACGGGAUGUUUCCUCCUUGCAACUGCCUGGCCCCUGCUCUAUGGGUCCGACUUUCUCCGAAAAAACAAGUUAUUGGCCGCAGGCUGGAUAGCAUGCUGUUGCUCGAUGAGCACUUUUACUUUGCUGCCUGUGAUCAAGCAGGAGAGUGAAAGUUUGAUAUUGCUAGGGGGGUUUUUCAUGUUUUCCCUGGGGUUGGUUUACAUGACGUUCGGAGAAACUGCUGCCAAUGGCAGUGACGGGGCCCAAGUAGCUAGAGGUCAAGAUUGGGUAUCAAAGUCCAUUUUAGGAUCCCAGCUUGGGCUGCUUGGGCUCUCCAUGUUUGUGACGAGAUCCAGCGUCAGAUCUCUGCAAGCGAAAUUAGGUCUGCCUCUUGGAAACCAAGCUGUGGGGUGGCUUGUGCUCGUCUCCUCAAUUGCUUGUCCGUUCCUGCAUGGAAUUCGACCCCAGAGCCAUUACCUCCAUAGGCUAAUGGCCAUCUUCCUCACCUUUUCGCCCAUAUUUGUAAUCCUUAGUAUUUCGUAUGAAGGGUUAUUCUACGUGAUUUUUUGCCUUACGCUGGUUGCCUGGGUCCAGUUGGAGCACAAAAUCCACCAGCACUCGCACCGAAAGAUGCAGGAGGGACUAACCCUUGCUGAUGCAAGGAUCGCACUGUUCUUCUUCUUCUUGAUUCAGGUGGCGUUCUUCGGAACUGGCAACGUUGCUUCAUUGUCGUCUUUCUCUCUAGAGAGCGUAUAUCGCCUUAUACCCGUGUUUAAUCCCCUCGCAAUGGGGGCGCUUUUGGUUUUAAAGCUGAUGGUUCCGUUCGCGGUGAUCUCAGCGAACCUUGGGAUACUGAACAGGAGGAUCGGAGUGGCACCAAGCUCUCUGUUCAUGGUGGUCAUGGCCAUAUCAGAUGUCCUAACACUCAACUUCUUCUAUAUGGUUCGGGACGAAGGGAGCUGGUUGGACAUUGGCACGACCAUCAGCCAUUUCUGCAUAUCGAGCAUGUUGGGAGUUUUCGUCUCGGCAUUGGAGUUCAUGAGCGAGGUUUUUGUUGGGGGGGUUAGCAUGGAGGGCGGGAAUGCCAUGCCCUCCUCUCCCUCCUCUCCUGCCUCGAAGGGUGGUGCAAGAGUUGAGAAUGGGGAAUCCACGAGAGGCUCGAACGGAGAGGUUGCCAAUGGGGCCUCUUGAGAGAGGGGGGGGAAAUAUCAUUCCGUUGGGAAAGGGUUUUAUCUAUCACAUCUUGCCCAUAGUGUUCAUACCUGGUGUGCGUAAUUUUAGAGGUGUGAGAUAUUAUCACAGUUAUGGUAACUG